GUCUCAGUUACCAGGCAUCUUCGGAGACUCUCACUCCAGAUUACUCCCCUUCAGCUCAAAAACGCGCAGAAUCCCUGGGGGUCGGCGCACAGGUCGCUGUGUGAAGCUGACGGGCUCUCUUCCCCGCCCUCCCGCUUCCAGGCGGGAUGGACGGCGCCUCGCCCUCCCCGCCACGGAACGUUUAGAGGCCGGAACGUGCCGGCCGCCUGGCGAGGAAGAGGCGGGGGAAGAGAAAAGAGAAGACGCGGCGGCGCCGCCAUUGCACAGGUCCCGCUCCCGCCGCCAUUUCCGGCCUGUCCCGGCCAUGUACCGGCAGGGAUUCCGCGCACCGACACCUCCCUGCGCGGGCGGCGGCGUCCGGAGCCCUCCCUCCGCCGGAGGGGCCCUGCCGCCCUCUCCGCGGGGCUACGGAAGCCCCCACCACACGCCGCCCUACGGCCACCGGCCCGGGCCGUACGGCAGCGGCCUCUCGCCCCGAGGCCCCGGGUUCUACGGGCGCUUCGGGAGCCCCUCGCCGGGGGCACAGACCCCGCGCAGGCCGCAGAGCGUCAGUCCCCGGUACCCGGCUCCGUACGGCGGCGCGUCCCCGGCCGGAGCGCCUCUGCACCCGCCGCCGCCGCACAAGCGCUCGCCCGGCGGCUUCCAGAGGCACUUCCAGGGAUCACCCAGGACAUCUACUCCAUUUGGUACAGCGCAUGGCAGAGAGAAAAGAGUGUCUAAUGAUGUGGAAAACUAUUACAGACCUUCAAUGCUUGAGGACCCAUGGGCUGGCCUAGAGCCAGUUUCUGUUACAGACAUAAACCAGCAAUACAGCAGUGAGCAAACAACAUGUACUGGUAAAAAAGGGAGGUAUUUCAGCUAACACUUUUAAAUGCCAAAUAACUCCAUCUUGUCAGGAAACCUUUGGGACAGAAUCUUUACACUUAAACAAGAUGAACAGUAAUCAAGACCUUAGAUAAUACUUUUAUUUCAUCACAUGUCCACCCUUUUAUCCUACCUUUUUUUUAUUGCAUUGGAUAUUUUUAUGUAUGGGAGGCAAAAGGAGUGGUAGAAAAACUUAUAUUUCUGGCUAUGUGGAAGUGCCUGCCAGCUCUGAAGAACAAAAUGUUCUUUAAUCACCAGCGACUGAUUUGUGACUGUUAAAACAAGUUUUCAUAUAAUUACCUCUCCCAUGCCAGAUUGUUAGCCUCUUAUUGUAAGGUCUCUUAGGAAGUAUUUUUUAUGUUUCAACAUUUUUAGAAUGAAAUAACUUGGAAAUAAAAUAAAGUUUUGUAAAUCCUUGUUUUGUAAUGUAUAAAGAAUAUUUUAGGAGCUUGUUAAGGUGUACACAUUAACACAGUAGUUCGUAACAGUGAAAUUAGGUGACUUCUGUAAAUGUGCUUGUAUGCUGUAGUUGAUGUCUGGUUUUGUGCAUAGUAAUUUUUGUUAAUCGCAGUGUAAUGUGAAGUUGAAACAUGACUUUUAGGCAUCUCAGGAAACAAGUGUAUUGGUUUUGGAAAAUCUAAUUUGUGGAACCGACUCUUGAGUCACAAACUUAAUUCUGAAGUCAUUUGCUUUUGUGUUUAGAAUCGAUAUAUUUGGAUCAAUAUUAGAAAUUUCUGGAUUAUAGUAACAAGUCUGUUCAAUGGCAAUUUAAGUCUAAAGAGCACAUAAAACAUCAAGCUUAAAUAAAUGCAAAUGUUCUUUCUGGAUCCACCUCCUAGAAUAGUACAGAAUGAAUGACAGUUUUUGUUAUACAGUUGACAUUAGUACAUGCAUAGCAUCUUUUUUUUAAUCUGUUCUGUAUUUUUCAAUUAUUUUUUAUUUUUACUUACAGCAGGCAUUCUUGCCAGGAGAAUUGUUUUGUGUGUGUACAUGCUAUAUUUUUGUACUGAAGAGGAAAGUAAUGAGUUGGGUUUUUUUAGAGCUUGUCUUUACAUGGAAGAUCCAUGCUUAAAUCCAGUAGUGAAUAUCAUAAUCUAGAAUAAAAAAGAACUAGUUCCAGCUGCAGGGCAUGUUCUUAACUUGCCAUGUUAAACCUGCAGCAGUAGAUAAAUUUUUGUUGAACGUACCAUUAUUUGUUUGUUGAUUUUGGCUUUUAAGCCAAGGUAGAGUGUAAAAACUUUGUUAAAUAAAGCCAUUAGUUGAAUUUUCAAAAUCCAUGUAUUCUUUUAAGCUUCUUACAUACUCAAAACAUAUUUUUGUAGUCCUGAGGCAUGGUUAGGUAGAAAAGCACAGGGAAUCCCAUUAAACUGUUCUUAGUAACAUGUUUUCUGCUGAGGUAGAAUAGUCCUCUGUACUCUCUAUCUGUUUCAGCAUAAGAUGUGUUAGGUUAAUACUGCCUUCAGCAACAACUUCAAACUGUAAGGGGAGGUUAAUAUGUCGAAAUGUGCUAAGUCUCUUGUACUCUUAGGACCAGAAUCUGAAGUAUGUCACUUCUCUCUUCCCUCAGUUGACCCUGUUAUUUUAGUAUUACAUCUAAAAAGGCUGCUGCAGAGAACUGAGAACACAAUGCCUGCUGGAUAUCAAGAAUGGUUAACUCUUCAUCCCAGAAUCAAAAGAACUGUGCCUUAAAUGGCAGCUAUCAGUAUUGUUAUCUGCAAUAGGUACCAGCAAAAUUGAGAUGACUUGACAAGUUGUAGUCUUUAGAAUUUAUACAUAAGUUAAUCAAUGUCAUUGUGAAAAGUGAAGUGUAAAAUUUUCUUUCCUUUUUUUUAAACCUUGCCAGGUGCUGUAAAGCUCACAAAAAAAAAAAAAAAGUUGUUGUGUGCUUAACCAAGUCACCUUUUUUGUUGCCAUUUCCUAUGUGAUUGAAUGCAAUUUCUUUUUUGCAAUAUUUGGUGAUCUUGGGGAAACAUAUGAUUUUAUUUAAGAGAGUGAAGGCAUGAUGUGUUCUCAACUGGACAUGAGAAGAGUCUGGGUUUGGAAGGGAGAAAGGAAAGGUAAGGGAUUCCUGAGAGAAAAGAGACUGUUAGACGUGGGACUUCUUACACAGUAGCCAGUAUGAGCUGCCCUUGCGCAUUGCAAAGAUGGAUUUUUCCACUUUGGGAUUGCAGUUGACCCAGGCAUCAAAGCCAGACUCCUCUGGUAAUAACUCUUAACUCUUGGAACCAGGUGUCAGACAUCAGUGAAGGUAAAUGUUCCAGAAAGAGAACUGAGGAAAUAAUCUUGAAGCAGUGUUUAAUCCAUGCAGACCUUCCACAAUGCCAUCUGUUAAGCUGCUGCUCCAGUGCACUUCAGGAUAUGACCCAACAAUUUUAAGUACAUUAUACUACUAAAGACUCUAAUCAUUUGGUCAAGAAUCAGCACCAAAAACUUAAAAAUGAUUCACCUUUCUGGCUUCUGGGGGAAAUUCUACAAUUAUGGUAAUUUUUUAAAUAUGUCCUUGAAGAGUUGUAAAGUGCAUGAACACAUGUUCAGAACUAUAAAUAUAAUGUACUUAAAGCCAAUUUAAGCUUUGCCUUUUUUGCCAUGAUAUCCCGGAAGCUUAAACACUUAACUCCUCACCAGUUUUUUUUUCUUUUUACCAUAUGGCAAACAUUGUUUUCCCCACAUGUUUCUGAUGGAGAGAGGAUAUAUCACUUCCUCAUUUGUUAAUGAAGCCACUUCAUAGUAACAGUAUGACUCUGGAUGAUAAAAUAUAGAGCACAAAAUACAUCCUUUCUUCAUGAGCCCAUGAAACAAAGUAGUGCUUGUUGUGUUAAUGAAGAGAUUCUUUUGUAAUGAACACAGUAUAUGGGCAUUGCUCUUUCUUCAACAGACUUCUUAAAUUUUAAGGUAAGUUAGCUUAUUUUUCAGAAGUUUGUGUUCAUACACUUUUCCGUUCUGUUUUGUUUGCCUUGUGUUUGUCUAUGAAGUCCAUUUGACUUUCUCUUUAGUUGUUGUAAAGAAGUAUAACUUGUAACUAACUCUUCCAGCAAAAAAUUAAUUCAUUUGUUGCUGUUUGCUUCUGUCUUUAAGAGUGAACUGCAUCACUUACUAAAUUUUGCUGAUGUGACAGUAACUGAACUUAAAUCAGCUGAGUACAUGUGUAAUGCAGCAACACACUGGGUGGGUAGUUACCCCAAGAUGUGCACUGUAAUAGUUCAAACUUUUGGGUUUUCAUUCCAGCUUUAUAAUGUGGAAUAUUCAUUCUUCUGUGGCACUCAGUACACACUCUGAAAUUGUUAAAUAAGUUAGAAUAUUAAAAUUUUAAUUAAAAUGGAAUUUUAAAAGUUAAUGUCAAACUCCUCCUCUUUAGAAUUAGAAGUAAUGCAUUGAGAUGUAGUAUUUCCCUAAUGUCAAAGCUGGGAACACUUACUAGGUAAAAUGUGUCUGGUCAGCAGAAUGGAUAACUACUUUUGCAGUCAGGUUGCUUUUCUUUUUAAGGAUCUCUUUAUGUGUUCUUAACUUUAUAUAAAUUAUUUCAUUAGACUUCAGAUGGGGGAGCAUUUGAAAAAUGCAUGAUAUGGAAAUUCUACAAGUAGCUGUUCACCUUCCUUCUAAAGAAAAGUUUUUCAUAGUAUGUUUGGUUUUCAAGCUGCCCUUCUGAGUAACCUCACUGAAGUCAGAGGAUUUGCUCAUCCAAUUGGGAUGUGUAAGUAUAUAAUGUUACAGCUUGAAAAUUUUAUCAUGCAUUUAUCUGUCAGUGCUUUUUACCAGCACUGCAGUUAACUCCUCUGCCUAGCAAUUGUUCUGAAUCCAAAUUCAUACAAGUGCUUUUAUACGACUGUCUCGUAAUGAAUUAAAUUAGUUUUUAGAAUAUUUUCCAAAAUCCUCAAGAGUAAAGACUUUGUUCUCAUUUCCCCAAAUCUUGGUGUUUGCCUUCCUUCUAUCUUCUUGGAACCGAUAGAGAAAAGGGAGGAUUGCCCACACUGAUUGGUGAAGAGUCAUGUAAUGAUUUUCAUGUCUCAAGCUUUCAGAAACUUGCUUACCAAUUGACAUAGGUAACUAGAUAAACUUUAUCAUUUGAGAUGGCUCAAACAACUUUUUACAGCACAAGAAAUGAAAGAAAUCAAGUUGUGUUUACACUCGACAGUAAUACAGCAUUCAGUAAUUAAUUCACAACCAAAUUUUUUUUGCCUAAAGUAACUUCUGGUCUGUAUGUCUCACAAGGCACAAACUGAUUCAGUUUAAUUUCCUGACAUUUUCACUUAAAUGUGUGCUUUGUUGACCUAAAAUUUAACAAUAAUUUCUCAACUUGGACUUCUGAAUUUACUUUUACAAAAUUAAUAGCUCUUGAGUGUUAGACCUCAAAUCUAGGCCUCCCCUUUAAACUAUUUUAGAUCUGGCAAAAAAGGCUUUUUGAAUCUCAUCCCCAUUGCUUCGUUGAUGACACUAAGAAACCUUUGCGUCCUGGGCUAUAGACAGCUGGGCAGAUAUUUGGUGUGUGGCUACCCUUCCAGUCCUAGAGGUUACCCCUAGACUUGCCAUUCCAGUGCAGCAGGACCCAGGAGGUAUUUUGAGACAAAUAGUAAUCCACUUUGCUUCGCCAGCUCUGUGUGGGGUUCAAACUCUAUCAGGGUUGGUUAGUGCACAUCUGGGAUUUUAAAUUUCAUCAGCAUCUUCUGCAGUAAAAUCACAGGUGAAUUCCACUGCCCUUUGUUCCCUGAUCUGUGGCUGUUGCACAUUGCUGUUCUGAACUGUUCAUGUAAACAUUUGUAUACAAGAAUGUAACUCCUGCAGUUAAAAGGGGUCAUACCAGUACAGUUCCAGAGUGAAAUUUUUAAUGCUGCUGACACUCCUGCUAUUAUAAUCUGCACCAAAAAUCUGCAUGUACUACCCUGCUUCUGUGUAGCAGUAAUCAUGCUGUUUGAUGCUGUAUUAAACUACACUUAAACCUUCUGGUAUCCGUAUGUAUUUUGCCACAGUCUAAUUGCUGUGUAUUCAAGGUAGUUAAAAGCUGUUAGUGUAGAGUCAAUGGGUUUAAAUCUUUGUUGCGUGCAUGAGGAAAUUCCUAUGAGUUCAAACUGCUGAACAUGUUGAUGCAACUGUUAGUAUAAAUACCAGUAAAAGGAAGAACAAAACCUCUUUCACUCUGAUUCAAAUCAUUCUCUUUUCAAGCAUCACAGAGCUAAUGUUAAGGGAAGAGGAAUCAAGCUAAUUGACAGCUUCUGUGGAUGACUGCACAGCAUAAAGCACAAAUAACAGAGCUAACACAGGUUUUUAAAAGUACCAAUUGCCAGCUAGGGAGUAGUAUCAUUGAUAAUUGUAAGUAGCAAUUGCAGUGUUCUUAAACUACCGUCUCCUGUGUCUUUAUGAAGAUUUUUUUAAUUUAAAAGAAAGCUUUGAGCUGUAUUCCUGUAACAGAUGUUGGAAACUAACAUGUUACUAUUCCUACGUUUGAGUUUGCAGAAGAGACAGUCUUCACCACUUGUCUGUGAAGUCUAGUUUCUUUGUCCCUUUUUUUUUUUUUUAAGCUAAGAAAAAAUAGGAUUUGAAAAUUUCAGGGAUUUUCACAAAGAUAAAAGGGAGAAUUCACAUCUGCAAAUGGUCCAAGUGUACAACUUGAGUUAGUAAGUAUAAGAAGGCACUGAGAAUCUAUUGAUUACUUGCCAUUGCACUUUCCUAAGGCUGUUGCCCUUGCCUGUAAAUUUUUAAUAGCCUCCUGGUUGCUGUGGCAAUCAAAUUACACCAAGGAAAAUUACUGGGUUUCUGAUUUUCAGAUGUUAGAAAGCUGUUUGUGCACUAUGGGCAACAGGUUGAGAAACUGUGAUGUCUGUUUGCAAAUGAAUGAACUGCCAAAUUGUGUCCCUGUUGGAACUGAAGGCAGCUUACACUACCAGCAGUGUUCCUGUACUUAGAAUAGCUUCUAAAAUAAAAUUCCAAGCAUGCAGAAAGCUUGUGCAAAGAACCUUUGAAUCCCUGUUUUCAAGGUGUCUAUUGCAUCUGGUUGCAUUUUCUGACACUGAUUUCCUCUCACAACAGUUGCUGCAUGUUUUAUACAUUGGCUCUCUGUAGCCUGUCAUCCUCAGGGCUGUGAUGUGAGGAAGAAAUAGUUACUGUCUCUACUUUGUGAAUGUAUAACUGGUAGUAGCCCAGUUUAGUUUAUCUCUGCUAUUAGAUCAUCCCAGUACACAUUAACCAAGUCUCUAUCCUCUUACAGCCUGAAAAGUAGAUUCUAGUGCAUUACUAAGGCUUUGUGUACUUUAUAUUUCAAGCAAACAGUUUAAAGGGACCUACCAAAAGUGGGUUGUGUUUCUUUAACACACACACCCCCACCCAACUCUAUCCAGAGAAGAUAACUUAGGCAGUCUUAACCAAAUUUUUCCUCUCCAGAGAGUUUUCUGCUGUCUCUUUUUCCCCCCUCUGUUUUUUUUUCAGUACUGUCCAUACAGCAGCCGUAAGUUAAGGCUCUUCUGCAUUGGUUUUCCAUGGAAAUAAACAUACCUUUACUGCCCUUUCCGUUGAAAUAGGCUCACUCCACCCUGCAGGACUCUGCUGGAGGGUUUGAUGGAAUCGGUGUCAUCCAACCACCCACCACAGUCACUACAGGUCCUGUUAGUUUACAUUGCUGGAGAUGACAAAACUGUGACAACAAGUAAAGUCACACAGAUCCCCCCGACUCAUCUAAAUGAGCCUGCAGUGGUUUAGUGGUGGACUUUGUUGUCAGAUGUGUAGUGAAUACUGUACAACACAGACAUGCCCUUGCCAUAGUGGCCACCCUGCACAGAUUAAUAAAAAAAGGCCACUACUGAACAUGCAGACAAGUGGUGCUCAGAUCUGUGUUAAACGUUGCAAAUUCAGCAACAGGCAAGAAGAACCCCAGGCAAAGUCACUCGAAAAAGACAACAGAAAAAGUGUGUAAGAAGAAGGCACAGGGAAAGGGUUGCAUUGAUCCCAGUUCUUUCUGGUAGCUUCCCAACACAACCAUCUCUUAAAUACUUAGAUUUCCACUGAGGAGAUCCUUGUUGAUAGUACACCAAAUUGGAUGGAGAACUACCUCAUGAAAGCAUAAAAUCAAGUAUUCUUGCUCCAGCAGCCACAGGAUGUAUUAUUGUUUUUAAAUCCAUGAAUGACAAGAAAGCAGAUGUGCAUUCUGAGAGAAGUGAGUUUGGUGAGCAGCAGAAAUAAAAAGGUUGUCUGCCUAGGAAUCUUUUUCAUUCAAUAUGCUUAAUUUUUACUGCCAGUUAAAAAAGGUAGUUCAACUUCAGUCUAGUGCCAGUUACUUCAGUGCUAAAUCCUACUUCAGAAGCUUUUAAACAGCCAGAAGAUCUGCUACAGAACAACUGCUUUCCGUCUUGAAACCUUUCAAUGAGCAGAAGGAAAAAGCAAGGUUCUGGUGUCAUUCUAGCUGUAUUGAUGUAUCAGAGAAAAGCAGCAGAAACACAUCUAGUCAAGGCUUUAACAGCAACAGUGUUUCUAGGCAAGCAUCCCAAAAUAAAUAAUCCAAUUUAGGGCCUGGUGAGGGUCAUCAAUACAGCUGCCUUGCCCCUCCAGCACCUCAUGGCAAGGAGACAAUCUAGUGAAAGGGUCUGCACCUUCAAAAACACCAUUUGCACGCGUCUUUCUCAGUCAUUUGUAAUAUCACAAAGCAUCAGCACAGACCAUGGGCAGGAGUCCAGAACGUGUAACAAGUGUCCCCAUAAGGGACACAAAAGAGUAGAAAGCUGAAGAAAGGUAAGACCUGUAUUCAUUCCCUUACUCUGUUUCUUCACAGGUUCCACAACCUUGUGACGAAGCCUUGCAUUUGCUCUGGAGUCACUUUCCACCAGCUAUUCCCAUAUACUUUCUAUGGUUGACACUUCAUUUGAACUAGAUAUUUCUCUCUUAAAAGGCUUCCACUCUUUUGUGACUUAAGCCACCCAUAAUUUUUUUUUAAUCUAUUUAUUUUAUUAUAAAAUAAACAAUGUAUUAUUCAGAGCUAUCUGUAUCACAAAAAGAUUUUUCCAUUCUGAACUAUCACUUUCCUAGUUCUGACAAAGCAGAAACAAAUGUUUUCAAAUCAGACAGGUUAAGAUUGCAUAGUUCAAAUGUGUUUCAAACUAAGCUUGCUGAUGGCUGAAACAAGAAAGUUAAUUCCAUUGAGCUUUUCCGACAGUCAAUCUCAGGAUGGGAGCUGCCAGUGACCAUCUUUUUUAUAAUAAUAAUGUUGUUGCAAUCAUCUGCCUGCAGUUUUCACACUCCUGCUUAAUUAUUUUUGUCCUGAGGUCCUGUUGAAUGUGCUUUGGUUAUUAUUGUUUCUUUUUACUAGUUGCAAGUUUUAAGGAUCUUUCACAAUGGUAAAGAAAAAUUGGUUUUAAAAUUCCAAGUAAUAUCUAUACAUGUGUAUAGAGUGAGUAAAAUUAAUAACUUUGAUGAUUCUAGUUGUGAAGAGGUACGGGAUACAGACCUUUUCAGUAGCCAUAAACUAAAGCAUUACGUUAAAUAUUCUUUUUACUAAGAAAUGCUACAUAGAUUUUGUCAAAUCCCAAAUCUCACUGUCCAUCACUUGGUGGUAGAGAGAAGCACAUCUUAUGAAAUCCAGCACAAUGUUAUGUCUGAACCUCACCUGGCAACUCCCACAUAAAACCACCAGUUUUGUUUAAACCACAACAAAGACACUUAAUAUUCAAAGAUUUGCCUUUGUGGUAUCCCAAUCAGAAAGAGUUAAAACAGUUCACAGCUUUUUCUUGGAAUUUCCCUCUCCUCUCCAGAGAGGACUGUUCUGGAGUCGUGUAAACACAGACAUCUGCUUGCUGUCACUUCAUAAUUCCUUUAAAUUCAUAAGAAUAGAAAGAAUCCCAGAGAGAGUUCCAGACCAGGCCACUUUCAGCCACCAGCCCUCCAUGCCUUUAUCCAGUAAAAAGGCAGAUGAAGUGCUGGGGCUCAUACAUCUGUUUCAUGGACAUUCUGGCUAUAAACUUUGAAGUUAAUAAUACAGCUUGUUCUAUCUGAAAAUAGUAUCAAACCAAAUUUAUUUUUCAUACUGAAAAUGGGCAAAAUUGUCCGCCUUUUAUAUACCUAAAGUGUGUAAGGGAAAUUGCGUAGUACAGUAGACUUAUGGUAAGAAGAUUGUUAAACUAGAGUUGCUAUCUAACAAAAAAAGAUUUCUGCUCUCCCUAUUACAUUCCCUGAAACUGGGUAAUCAAUAACACUUUCAGAUCAAGUUACAAAUGCAUUGCCUUCCUGGGAGGAGGAAUGCCAGCAGGAAGUCAGCCAUGCUUUCCAACACAUGCUAAUGAUACGUGGUAGCUGUUUAAUUCUGUGAGCAUCUCUCUCACACUCUGCUGUAACUGUUCAUUACAUGUUCCAGAUUCUGAUAGAGUUCUGAAAAGAACCCCUUAAUUUCCUCAAGCACCUUUCAAAUCUAGUGUAGAGAAUACCCAUAGACUCAGAAACAUUGCUCUUAACAAAAGAAUGAGCAUUCAAGGACUUUGAAUAAAUUAGAAUUUCCAUGAUUUCUUUGAUAAUCUACAGGUUUGUGUGUUUCACAGCUCUCCAGGAGAGUCUUCUGUGGCCAAAUAUGUAUGCAAAAUUAUACAUGAUUUUUCUAAUGGAAGGUGGUUUUAUUAAAAAACACCAACAUUCUAUUCAAAAGGAAACUUCUGACACUGGAGAAUUAAAUGGAAAUCCCUGCUGAAGUUAACAGGGGUUUUGGUUUUCGCCCUUUGCCGGAACUAAAAUCUGCAGUGACAGUGACAGCAGGAACAAUUUCAACCUAAGAUAAUAGUUUUAAGUUUUCAUUCAUAACACCAUAGCAAUGGAGGUCACAGUCUCCUUAGAAAAGGAGUACUUGCACUGUUGAAUUUCACUGCAUGUGGACAUGAUUUAUGCUGUAAUCAGAAGCCUAGCGCCUUCCAGUGGAAGAUUCUCAAGCAAUUGUCACGGAGCAAACCAGUCUUUAGCUCACUAGGCAUUAAUUUAACAAGAUUUUUUUUUUUUUUUUUUUUUUUUUAAAUGACCAGUAUCUUCAUAACUGAUUGAUGCCUGAUCUGGUGCAGCACCUGCUCUCUCAUCUCCUGUGGUUCAGCUUUUCAGAUUAAUGAGUCAGAAAGCCAAUUGUGACAGUAUUGUAAAAUGUAAUAUUGUAAUAAACUUUCCAUGCUUCAAAACAGAAAAAUAAUCCACAAAUUGAUUUCCAGAGUUGAGAUUUCAGAUCCUGAACUGUUCUUUGGUUGGGGACUCUUUUUGGACAGAACCUUUAAGUGACACAAUCACUUUCUAAAGCAUAGAACUGUCACCAUAAUUAUAAGGGGUUUUUAUGCAUUUUAUUUUUUAAAAGCUACAGUAAAUCAAGCCUAAAAAUGUUAAUGCAUUCCUGGUAGUGGUCAAGCUGUGCAAAUGUUGAAUUUAUAUUCCAGCAAUAUGUAAUACUUCACAUGGUGUAGAUGAUGUUUUGCAAAACACAGGGUAUACAAUACAUGUGUUACAAACCUGAUUCCUUGCUUUUUAUGACUACCUACAGAGUGUUUAACAACAACUUGAGGCAGCUUUUGCCUUCCCAUUUAGGAACAGUUUUAGAACGGUUCUGAAAAACAGUAGGAGCUGCCAGCUUCCCUGGUGCACUUCGGAGCAUCCUACCAAUAAGAAAUCUAAUCCCAUUUGUUGGGUCUGUUUAUGUGCUGAUGAAUUUAAUAAUGCUGCUGUGGAUGUGUUCUCUCUCCUGUCCUGUGAAAUCCUUCAACAGAGUUACAUGACUCGUCAAGGCGUUACACAACCAAAUGGUGCUCUCUUGGAAAGGGCAGAGCCCGUGUCCUAUUAAACACUGCACAGCAAAGCAAGUGCCUGUAUGUUUUUCAUGUUGAUUUUGUCUUGUCAAACUGUUGUCUCUGCAUUGUGUAGAAGUUUGGUCAGUUAUCACCAUUUCCUAUAGCAGGAGCUGUUUUAAAUAUCAAUCACACUUAGAAGAAAUAUAUUCCCUCAAAUUGAGCAUCAGUGAAGCAUCUAUAUUUGAUGUUCUUUCUAUUCUGCAUAUGAAAUCCUGACUUUUUCCUGUUAACUGCAGCCUCUUUUGUUGUCAAAAGAAGGUUUUAAACAUUUUUAUUUUUAUUUAGUCAAUAUAACUGAUCCCUCUCAUUCUCAUAGCAUUUUUCUUCCCAAUUCUGUAAAGGAAAUUGAUGAUCUCACCUAAAUUUAAACUACCAGCUUCCUUAUUUUGUUAUGGACCACAGUGACCAUAUUUAGUUCUGUUAGAUGCUCCUUACUCCCCUUCUGCUCUUGCCACCACGAACAUGUCACAUGGAUUAAAUAUUUAGACAGAAACAUACUUUAGCCAAGACAGGAGGAAGCCUCAUAUUGGGACUGCAUCUCAAACAAUCCAAUAUUUUUAGAACUUGAUGGAAAUACUUUUUCAGUCCUUUGAUGGUGCUUUGAUUUACAGCUUCCCAUAAUGAAGGGCAUUGUUAAUAGUUUUUACAUUACAAAAGCUCCAUAAUGCUGAAACCUUAAUACAGGACUGAGGAAUGAAAAAGAAAAAACAAAAAAAAAAAAGCAGUGGAGGAGGCUGCAAGGUAGCAACAAAUGACAGGCACUCACAUAAAGUGUGCAGAAUGUUUCCCUGGAUGUGAAGAAACAAUUUGCAUUCUAAUGGCUGAGACUAACAAGAAAUACCCAAACUCAAACUGAACUGGAGCUUCCCAGGAGAUCAGUGGAAAGAGAAGGUCAUCUCCAAUUCACCUGAUGCUAAAAGCUGAAAUAGGUUUGAAUUUCUGAUAGAACAGGUCUGCAAAGUUCUCUGGAAUUUUUUGGCUGUUUUAUCAUAAUUCCCAAAAGGCAACAUUGUAAUGGCAAGUACAGUUUGCAAAUAAAAAUCAUUACUACCUGCAUGUCUUCUUUCACUGUCCUGCAUAAACGUAUGUGCUUGCUUGGAAGUCUCACAGCAGGAUCUGCAAUCCAUAACACAAAGCAGUCUGAGGGGAAAAAUGUACAGAGCUUCUAAAAUCUGCCAGGUUUAGAGUAAUACUUUCCUGAUGUGGAAUUGCCAAACCAUCUGCAGGUAAGUUUUUAACUAUUAUUUACUACUUCAAUUCUCAUAUACAGCAUUAGUAGAUUCCUUUUCAUUUCCCAUGUCAUCUGUAGUUCUUACUCCAUUCCCUACCCCCUCCCCCUCAUGAACAAUUUUUAGAAAAAAAGGGAUUUAAAAAUGGUCACAAUUAAUCUUUGUUCUGCAAAGAAAGCAGUCAGAAGGUCCAAGGCCUUCCUUGUCUUGAGGGCAAGGAUGCCAGCCCAGGGAUGACACGAGCUUUCAAGAGUAUUUGUGGGGCAGAAAAGGUUACAGGACUGCACAUGGAUAACUUUGGCUGCUGUUUUUGUUUGCUGUGCACAUCUUCAUUUUCCAGUGUGGGGAUGUGUUUUAAUUUUAACUCUAGUGCAGGAAGGCAGGGAAUGGCCUGCUCCUCUUCUGUAACUUCCAUGUAUUUUUUGCCACCGGGUUAGCUGCAAAGCAGAAGUCCCAAUCCAUCAAUCCUACAUUGAUUUGCAGGCGGUUUCUAACAUCCAAAUGCUGCUCUCUGAAGGGCAAUACCAGUAAAGAAAAACAGAAAAUUUAAAAAACCAAACCAAAACAAAAGAACACCACCAAACCAGUUCCUGCUUUGAAAUCAUUCCUGCAGAUCAUUUCUGCAGGUGGUAAGGAUGAAGGAGAAUGAAAAUAAGUAAUGAUCUCUUCCUUGCUCCUUGUUUGGGAAAAAUUGCCUCCUAAAGUCAGGCUCCUGUUCAGUUCUCUGUACGCCCCAUUCUUUGCUCAGGGUGACCUGGGGAGAAAGCAGUGAGAGAAAGUAGCACUAGGGCAUUGAUGCUCAGAGAGGUGCCCAAAGGCAGGGCAAGCAGACAUCGGUGCUCUCCAACCACUGCCACCUGGGCAGAACCAAGAUCCUCGAAAGGCAGUAGAGGAGUGUGCUGUUCACCAUGGUGGAACCUGUUGACAUGCUUUACACAUUUGUGCAGGAGGAAAGUAAAAAGGGACCUGUGUUCGGCGUUGCUGCACGCUGAACACUUGCUUCCAGCUAUGUCCUCUAGCAACUAAUACCAACCACACCCUAGCACACAGGAGGGAGUACAGCAGAGAGACUUGAGCAGAUGCACAAGUCAAAUAGUAACCACUUAUUCCCCUAGGUUCCCUUACAGGUGGCAAACAGCUGUCAGAUCUUCUUGCGAGUACCAGAAGCUCCCAGACUGGUUUCUGUAAUGCUUACCCUUGAGUAUUCCCUUUUCUAACCAGCUAUGUCUCCUCUACACUGUAUUUUCUAAUACUGAAAAAAAAUCUUCACAAAGCCUCUUUGCAAAAAGUCCUAUUAAAGGUACAUUCACUGUGUUACGAGAAUUUGCCAUAUCAAUAGUAUGCCCAAAGUGCCCCCAGAGGAACUGCUGAAGAAGAAUUGAAGCUGUGCUGCGUGAUCUGAGUACUGCCUAUUGGUGAGGGCUGCUCUAAAUGAAGAAAAAGCAUUACCAUAAGGUUCAAAGUUCCUCUGACUGUGCCUUCUCUCCACAGGCAAUAAAAAAAGGCCAAAAUAAGCGGCCAUAGCACGUAAACGACUUUAAAAGCAAAACCCUCAAGGUCCAUCAACAUGAAUGCAGUUGACUGGGAAAAGCAACAGUUGCCCUUAUUUGUCAAACCAAGUUCUUUCUGCCCAUGUUUACUGCAACUGCAAAGUGCUCCAACUUUCAUUUUCUUCCAUAUGGUGGGGGAGUUUGGUAGCUCUAAACCUGUUCAUCCAGAUGACCUGUCAGGUUUUAUAGGCAUCCCUUAAAAAUAGAAGCAACCUAAUCCUGGUUCAGGUAAUUCAAAAGAAAAUUCUGCAAAACUGCAUUGUUCUUUCAAAGCUAACAGGCAUUAAUUCGUGGCUUUGACAUGAACGGACUGGUUUCCUCUCUUGCCACCGAUUUCAUAGACCCAUUCCUUGCUCUGUGUUGAUACAGGCUGUUCUGCAGUUAUUCGUGUAUCUCCUCUUUCACUUGAUGCUAUUUUACGUGCAGCUGAGGAUAUCAACUGACACACAGAUCCCACCGGAAUUAUUACUGGUACCCUACUGCACAGCUGGCUACCCCUAUGGCAGUAAGAGCUCAGUGAAAGGGAUGACCACCCUUCUCAAACCAUUUCAGGUUCGUGCUGCAAUAUAAUCAGAGCCAACAUUUGUUAUGAGUUGCAAUAGCAGCUUUCACGAGAAAAAACUCAGGAGACAACUGGAAUUGGUUACACACAACUGCCAGAUCUGCUACAUGCAAGUCAACACCCUAUGAAAUACACUCUGAGCUUGUCGCCAGAACUGAAGGUCAGGCUUUAAUUGUAGCCGUCACCAAAGUAUUGUUUCCAAAGUGAGAUGUUUUGGGCUGCAGAUACACAUCUUGUCAACCUAAUGUCAAACAACACCUCUGUAACUGCUGCUGGCCCCUGUAACUUCCAACUGCAUUUUCACUGCCCAUCUAUUGGCUUUAUCAAUGGCAAGUGAUGAAGCAGCACUCUGCCCAACCUCAAGAGGACUGAAGAUAACAGCAAGUGACAUAUUUUUGGAUGGAGGUAUAGCAUUUAUUGAAAGAUUCAAAAGGUUUCAUUAGAUUAACUAAUACAGUAGGAAAAAGACAAGAAAAGCCUCAGGCAUUCAAAGCACAGUUGCUUAAGCCAGGCUCAAUUCACAGUGUCUCACCAGACACUGAAAAUACCUGGCUCUUUGGGUUUGAUUUCCCAUUGCUUCUAACACACACACCAUCCUCUUUAAAGAGACAAUGGUGGGGAAUAUUAACUACACCUCUGCUUGGACACUGCAAAGAAAAAAUGUGAUGCUGUCCAUAGCCCACCAUCCUGAGCAGCUCACAGGUGCUGAAGCAGCAGCUUCUCAGCCCCUGUCCCACACCCACCUCCCAGCACUCUGCCUGGUCUCAGGGCACCAUCAGUGCUCGAAGGGAUGCUCUGCUGCACCUUGGCUCCUGCAUCACCCACUCUGCCAGCAAAGCCUCACACUGCCAGUCCCUGGAGGGCUCCUUUGAAACAGGACUGGAGCAGUAAAGGGGUUUUAUUAAUAACUUGCAGAAUUUCAAUACACUAAAAACAUUCUUAGUUUAACCCAAUGUUCUUUUGAAAUGCUAUUUGACAAGCAGAGAGGGAAAACAACGAAAGACUUCAAUUUUCAUGUAUUUUAUUUACAGGCUGCACAAUACAUUUUAUAUACAAAUGGCUUAAAAUAACAGAGUAAGCAAGCUAAAGCAUAACAAUUUAUUUUAAAUUAAGUUGUCUCGAAAGAACUCCUGCAAUAAAGUUUCUUCACCCUGAUAAGCAAGUUAAUUUGAUUUUAAGUCAACCCAAGGUCAUUUUAUUUUUAAAUACAGAAUUCAAAUAAAUUGUCUGGCGAUUCCUUAAUUUCAUGACACACUUCUGUAAAUAUAGAACAUCCCAAAACUCUCAAGAAGGGUAAUAACCAAAAUUUCCUCAUGUAAAAAACACUAUAACAGAACAGACUGGAGAAAUGUUGUAUGUAAAACACUUGAGUGUUUUAUUAAUGAAAAGAAGAAUGCAAGUAGUACAUCUGACAUUUUCGUCUCUCGGAAACAGAAUUCAUGGUCCAAGACCUAAUUUGCCUGCAGACAAGAGGUAUCCUGUGUUACUUCAGUACUUCAGUUUUUACCACACAAUUAUCAAACCUAUCCAACUGUAAACUCCACCAAAACUGAAACUGCGUCCUACACCAAGCAAAAGGAGAAGAGCACUCAAACCCAUAAGAACUUAAAACGUGACACUUACUGCCUCUGCUUCUAGAAAGCACCUGACACUACUGUGGGAUGGAGAAAUUUUAGUAAGAGACCCCAUUUUAUGGAAGCAUAAGAAAAUACAGAAGUUUGCCAUUUAAAAUUUAUCCAAGAAAUUAUAUUAACAUUUAAGGAUACAUGUAUUUUUAUACCUCUUCCCUAGCACUGUUCAUUCUGUUCAGGAUAACAACAACUAGCAAUCCAUAAAAGCGGUUUCCUUUUCCUUUGGCUGAAUUUAGCAUUUUAAUAGUCUGUGUUUUAAGUCAUGGUCAUAAGCAGUCCAGUUGUGCUUGCUUUCUUCCUCUUGGUAUGGCUAAAGACCACUUAAUAUAAAUAAUUUACUUGCUAUGUGAUAGUCCAUUAUUACAGUAUUUCACUACGUUUAUUUAGAAACACAAACACACAACACUUACUUUUCGAUGUAGUAUCCAGGUCUCUGUAGCUCACUUUGGAAUUGCAGCACAGAAAACAUAAACCCAAAGGUAUGACGGAGAAAGUAACAAAAGCCACAGCUCCACAGAAAAAUAAUGCUGUUUUCAGAAUGCCUACUACUGCAUCAAAAAUGCAAGAGCCACGUGAUAUAAAAUGCCAAACUAGUACAGCCUCUGCUGAGUGGAGUUCACUCAUAAGGGUAAAAUGCUGCCAUAAGCACCUAGUCAUGUGAUUUAAUUCAAAAGAAAUGCUGACAGGUAAUACACAGGUCCAGUAAAAAUGAAUGUGGACCUUAGAUCCGGGCAGUUCCCUGGCUGCUAACCUGCCCAGACACAAUUCCAGGCCAGGGGAGUGUGGCUGUAACCCUCCUGCCACACCCUCAAGGGCAGAGCUCCUCACCUGUACCCAGCCCCCACCAGCCCAGGAGGAAAGGUGUCAGCAAAAGAGCCAAGAAGAUUCCCUGGGUUGCAGAGAAGGCAAUCUUUUCAGAGUUAUCACAUACGGAAAUACACUAACUUUCCCUCCAAAUUAUCCCAACACUGCUGUGCCAGGCAAAUACAGUGUUCAAAGUCACAGGCUAGUAAUCUUUAAGCUGGGGAAAAGUCAUUGUACAGUAUUCAUCUGCUACAGCAUGCCACAGUCUUGUUUCUGAUUCAUCUGGAAAUAACUUGUUUAUUGCACCUCCGCUCUCCUCACAGUCAGGAUUACUUGUGCUGGGGCUACUGGAGUUUUUUUCAUGGCAAAGGACUGAAAUCCAUUUUGGUAGAAAAAUGUAUGAGAGUGCUGCCAGCCCAUGAGGAAACUGCACAUUCAUUUACACAUGCAGAGGGGACUGACUUCUCUGCACUGAAUGAAGUGAACUAAAUGACUUGAAAAUUUAUGUCUAAAAGGGAAUGUAGGAGACUCAACUUUUUCCUUGCAUUUUGUACUGGAAGUCAAUUAAUUUAGUCCUCCGAGAUCUACUUUCCAUUUGAACUUACCUGUGUUUUUAGACCACUAUUGUUUGCAAUUUCACUUCAAGUGCAGGUGAGUAACCCCAGACUGCACAUCUUUAGUGAAAGUAAGCGCAUAUAAGCUUUGAAAGUCUUUUGCCUGAUUCUAAAAAAACAAAAAAACAAAGCAAUGUGUGUGUAUAUUUGUGGGUCUGGGUUUUUUAAAGAAUAGUAAACAAAGAGCUUUAGCCAGCAUUGCCCAUAUCUAAAUGACACUAAUGAUUUUUGUCUUUAUAAUUUUACUAGCAGAAAAAUGCUACAGGGGUGUCCUUACUCAAGGGAAAAACAGUCCAGUGAACUGUAAUUCAUGUGAAGCUUUUGCCUUUCUUAAGCACGGCCUAUUCAGGUUGUAAGUAUUUUACUGACGUGGCCACUUUCAUUUUCAGAUAGCAGGAUUUUCUGCUGUGUCUAGUGAAGGCAACUGCCAGACUUGGGGACAGCAUAAGCAGCAGGACACUCUCCAUUCCUCAUCUGCCAGAUCCUCAAACACUCCGCAGUUAGCGAAGGGAGUUUCGCCAUGCUCUACAGUGUGGGAAUUAGCCAUAUAUGAACCAGGAUUUUCAAUUAAAACAAAACACUAACAGCUUUGGCUUCUAUUCUGAAAAUCCCAAAAGUCAUUGACAAGACAUUUGUAAUAGUGUAAGUAGAAAUUUUACUUUUUAAAAAGUAGUACUUAAACACUCAGUUACAUAAGGUACCGAUUUGUCAACUGGAUAAUCAGUUGGAAAAUUGUUUCCAAUAUGGGCUUCAAGACAUCCUAUUACGUACAGGCAAAAUAUAACCAUACCUCCUCUCUGCAGGAGAGAGACCACUUGUUAUCAGAGGAAACAAAAAAGAAACCAUGCUGGAAGUUGUAAUUAGUAUGAGGAGUGGCUCUUUGUAAGAGUUUUAACUAUAAAAAUUUUAGCUGUUCCGAGACACUCAAUUCCAAUAUUAAAAUGUUCUGUGGAAUAGCAGAUAUAAAAUCAAUUAAUUGGCACAAUCACAAGUUUAGAGCGAAUUACAACUAGUGUCAAACGUUUUGCCAUUGCUUUAAACACUGGUCUUUUUUCCUUUGGUUACUUCCUACAAUGCAGUACUUGGGGUAAAAAGACAACAGUGUCAGCUUUUCACACAAAGUAAAGAAAUUACUGCUGUUGACAUUUAAGAGAAAAAAAACUAUGUCAUCACUUGGUAAGGACAUAAUAAGUAUAGUUUAUUUGGCAGAGGAACUAAAACACUUACUACAAGUCCAACAGGGAGCUGAGGAAAAACUACACUCUUCAUUCUUCUCCUCACUUUCAACAUUUCUCAUGAAGUUCAGUUUGGAAAUUACAAUUUUAUCUAGGUAAAAUCAGGUCUCUAAGUAACUGGCCCAUGUGAAGCAAACAGCACAAGGUUAUGACCUGUUCGAGUUUCUUAUUAUUAUCUGAAUUCUCUUGUUAAUUACCUAGGUUUAGGCAUCAUGUUCAUAGCAAUCUAUGAAGUACUUCCAAAUUUUUGCAGACCUUAAGCUUACAUGUUAAGGCACUUACCAUUCAAGUAAAACAGUUUUUAUAUAAACAAGCGUGGGAGAUGGAGAGAACAUUUGACCAGAACACCCUUUUUUUUUUUUCUUGAAAGAAAAAAAAAACGUUGACCAAAUAUUUAUAAAAUUUUGCAUCAAGAGAAAGGUUGUGUUUUAUUAUCUGAAAUGAGCACGAAGUACACCUUCCACAAUAACACUGAAAGCAGUGCAAAGACUGACAGUGACCUUUGACUAAAGGUAGUUUUGUAAAAGAAAAAUACCAAAUAAAUCAGUGCCCUGCUUUGAUUGUUGUAAAAUUUCUUUUUUACAUAAAAGUUGGUCCAAACUUACAAAAAAAGCACAAAUGUGCAUAGUUCAGAAGAUCUGAAAGACUGUCAUAAAAAGCUGAUGUCCCUAAAUUUAGCAUCCACUUAAAACUGCCAAAAUACAAAAUAAAAGUCAGAACUAGAGUUUGUGAACAUGUACAAUCAAGUCAUCUAGUUUUUAGACAGCAUGAGUUGUAAGCAUUUUUUAAUUUUUCCUACUGUAUGCAAGACCCUUUUCCACAUAAAAAUAAAGCUGUUGAAUUAACAUUA